GCCGGGAUGGAGCUGCGGGCGCAGCUGACCGGGCGCGACGGACAGGAGCGGUCGCUUCGCGUGCCCUGCCAGCCUGAGGCCGGCGCCGGUGGGGAGCUACGGGGGCUGCUGCGCGGCCUGUCCCAGCUGCAGGAGCAGGUCUCGGCGCUACUCGCGCCCCUAGUGGAGCAAGAGAGUGGGGGGCUCGCGGGGGCGGGGACCGCAGCGGGGUCGCUGGGUGAUGUUGAGGAGGAAGAGGCGGAGGAGGAAGAUGAAGAAAACAACACUGAUGUCAAAACAUAUGUGGAUGGACCACCUUUAAAACGGACAAAAAGUCAGCACUCCUGACUAUUGCCUUAAAAGCUAUUUAAUUUAAAAAAAAAAAAAAAAAAAAAGACUUUUCUGCUGUUGCAAAUGUUAGUGUUUAUUGUAUUUUUGUACCUCUGGAAGAAACUAUUUUUGGAAACUAGACAACUGCAUUUGUGUUCCUUUUGGUUAAGUUUUAGAAGGAAAAAUGCCUUUUUCUUUUUCUGGUAUUUAAUGUUACUAAUAAAAUACCUGACAAAAAGAGAGUGAAGUGUUAUGUAGUAGAUUCUCUUACAUGGAAAGAAAUUAAUUCUUAAAUAUUUGGGAGGAAGAAAUUAUGGAUUGCCAGUGUCAAGAGGAACCUUUGUUUGCAGAUGUCUCUUUACUAAUCUGGCCACUAAAGUUUUGAAUCUUUUAAAAGUCAAUAUUAUUUUGUACUGCUUCUGAGCUCCCUGUAUUUUUCCUGCCACUUUUAAAAUAGAGUAAGUUACAGUUUAAAAAAAAAAAGAAAAAGAAAAAGCAAGUUACUCUGCUGAAAUAUAUUAAACUACAAGAAACAAACUAACAAUUUUAUAUAAGGGUGCUGUUGAUAGGGGACUGUAUAAAAUAACUGGAGUAUUCCAGAUCUGCUUAAAUACAUUAGCAAGGAAGUAGUUAUUUAAAAAAAAAAAAAAAGGAGGGGGGAAAAAAACGUUGUUGAUCAGCUUCACAAGAAGCCAAAAAGAUCUGUUUAUGGUGUUGGGUCUCAGAUACAUUUGUGGUUAACACUUAACUUUACAAAGAAAGACGCAUAGGUAUUUGGAAUCACAAUAAUGUGGCUUUUGGUGCCACCAUAAUUCAAAUAAUAAAUAACUACAAAAGUGCCAUAAUUUGAAAUGAAUACUAAAAUACAGUGUUAAACCAAUAAAUGCAAGAAAUUGUCAGGAGAAUUGUGUCAGUUAUGUAACACCAACAGUGUCUUAUCUAUCUAAAAAAAACAUAACCUACCUCACAACAAUGUUCUAAGGAUGAAUUGGAUUAUAAAACACCCUGGAAGUGUUAAGUAUUGUGUAAGAAUUUGUCUUUAUUUGGAUAUGGGCAUUAAGUACAGUAAGCAUUGUCAGUUUUGCGGUUCACUCGGUUGACAAUGUGUCUGAUCUGUUAAUUAGUUUUGUGUGGUUUAGCCAUUACAUCAGAUAUGAAUAAAACAAAGAAAUAAACUGCUUUUAUAGGUC